AUGAUGAUCUUAAUUUACCGUGGCACCUCCUCGGACGCGACGGCCAUCGUGCAACAGUGGAAUCUAUUGCGUAGGCCAAAUGCAGUGACCUACUAUGAUAUAGACAAGUUUCCCCUGGGAUGUAGUCACCCAUCGGAGCAACUCAAAGACACGGCAGCCGGCGAGCGGAGCGUCGCACCGCUAACUGGGACGCUCCAUCGACGCCCCGUCUCCGUGUUGCCAAUUAAGAAAACCAAUUUCGUAACAAAACAAACGACCGAAACUCGGGGAGCCGAUAUAAAUUUCGGCGGUAAACACCGUCCUUUGUCAUACGUCGAGGGCUGUUUAUUAAAGGGGAAACCGGCGGAAGAUUUCCAGCCUCCGAGCGUUUACACAUUCCGCCACUCCGAGAACUUUAAUUGCCCGAGUCGAGUUGUAUUAGGCUCAUGUUGCAAGCACCUCCCC